AUGCCACUGCUGAUCGCUGUGCAGACUCAAUUGACCCGUAUCACAAUCCUCUCAAAACACAGCAGCAUGGUGUCCAGCUCAGACAUCGACUACUUGCGCCGCUGCGUGGAGCUAGCCCGCCACGCCCUUGAGGCGGGCAAUCCACCUUUCGGGUCCUUGCUAGUAAACGCCAGGGGGGAGAUUCUUCAUGAAGAUCACAACCGGACUGUGACUGAGGGAGAUGUCACACUGCACCCUGAGCUCUCUUUAGCCAAGUGGGCCGAGAAGAACCUAACGCUGUCAGAGCGUGCUAGUGCUACAAUCUAUACUUCUGGCGAGCAUUGCCCGAUGUGUUCCGCUGCACAUGCAUAUGCAGGACUGGGGCGGAUUGUAUAUGCAUCGUCCUCGACUCAGCUCGGCAAGUGGCAGAAGGAGCUGGGGGUAAAGCCUGGGCCUGUUGUGUCACUUCCAAUUAAUCAGAUAGUGCCAGGUCUAUCCGUUGAUGGUCCAGCCCCAGGCCUGGAUGAGGAGGUUCAUGAAUUACACCGGCUUCGACAAGCUCAGCUACAAACAGACAAGAACCCCUAG